AUGUCUUCUGGAUACAAACCUGGUAAGAAAAGAAAAGUACAACCUGUUCAACCAAUUAAGAAAGAGUUAGUUGAUUUUUAUGGGUGUCAAAUACCUAAAGAAUAUGAACCUUAUUUACAAAGAACAAAUGUUUCUUUGAUAAUUAAAAAAGGAUUUAUUAAUGGAAUGAAAAAUGAUGCAGAGAUGUUUUGUAAUGAUGAUUUAUUUGAACUGUUAAUGAAUGAAUUACUUAAUGAACAACCUGGCGCAUCAUUUUCAUCUUGUGUAAGACAAACUGCAAAUGUAGCUACAUUACCUGGAGUUAUUAAAUCAUUAGCUAUGCCAGAUGCUCAUAGUGGUUAUGGAUUUUCUAUUGGAGGGGUUGCUGCUAUGCGAUUAGAUGAUCCUAAUGCUGUUAUUUGUCCUGGAGGAGUUGGAUUUGAUAUUAAUUGUGGCGUACGAUUAUUACGAACAAAUUUAGAUGACAAGGAUAUUGAACCUCAUUUAGUAGAACUUGCAGAUGCACUUCAAAAGAAUAUUCCCAGUGGAGUUGGAACAACAUCUAACCAAACACUAACAGAAAAGGAAAUGAAUGAAAUUAUGAAUGAAGGCUUGGAAUGGUUAGUAAAAAAAGAUUUAGCAUGGAAAGAAGAUUUAGUUUAUUGUGAGGAAAAUGGUAGAAUUAUUAAUUCUGAUCCACAUCUAGUUAGUCAGAAAGCACGAGGAAGAGGUAGAAAUCAACUUGGAACAUUAGGAAGUGGGAAUCAUUAUUUGGAAAUACAACGAGUAGAUGAAAUUAUGGACAUGGAAGCAGCUAAACAAAUGGGAAUUUCACAUAUAGGUCAAAUAUGUAUUAUGAUUCAUUGUGGUAGUCGUGGAUUAGGUCAUCAAGUAUGUCAAGACUUUGUUGAUCUGUGUGUAAAUCAAAGUAACAAAAACGAAGUUGAUAUUCAAUUAACAGGUGUUCCUUUUCAAUCUGACAAUGGUCAAAAAUAUUUUAAAGCAAUGAAUGCAGCAGCAAAUUAUGCCUUUGCAAAUAGAGGAAUGAUUUCAUAUCAUGUACGUUGUACAUUUGAACAAGUUUUUAAAAAAUCACCAAAAGAUUUAGACAUGCAUUUAGUUUAUGAUGUUUGUCAUAAUAUUGCAAAAGAAGAAAUUCAUUUAAUUGAUGGUAAUGAGAUAAAAUGUAUUGUACAUCGAAAAGGAGCUACUCGUGCUUUUGCUCCUUUAAACCCAGUUAUUCCCGAUGCAUAUAAACCCAUUGGACAACCAGCAAUCAUUGGAGGAAGUAUGGGUACAUGUUCUUAUAUGUUAGUUGGUACACAAGAAGGAAUGAAAAAAACAUUUGGAUCAACUUGUCAUGGAGCAGGACGUAAGAUAAGUCGAGUAAAAGCAAUGAAAGAUAUUUCUUCUAAUAGUGUUGUUGAAGAAAUGAAGAAAAAAGGCAUUGAACUAAGAAUAACAGAUCCAAAACUAGCUGCUGAGGAAGCUGAUGGUGCUUACAAAGAUGUAAAAGAGGUAGUAGAGACAUGUCAGUCAGCUGGAAUAUCAAAGAUUGUGUUUAAGUUGAAGCCAUUGAUUGUAGUAAAAGGAUAA